GCAAAGGAAUUAAGCAGCAACACCAACACAGCAUACAUAUAUAUGUAUAUGUACGUGCAAGUGCAAGGCAAACAUAAACAACGGUGUGAGUGUGUGCGUGUGUGUGUACAACGAAAAUAUUGUAUAAAUCAAAUUUAUAUAUGUAUAAAGUUUUUUUUUUUGCCCCAAUGCGUGAUCACUGAAAAGGCUUAAAAAAGUUGGUUAAAAAACCAGGCACCCGUUGCAUUGUGUUUACAAAAUAUCAAAAAAAAAUCCAAGAGCCAAACGUAUAACAAAUAGAUAGCAACAAAACGAAAAGAAGAAGGAGCUGAAUGCAAACCGGUAAAAAUAGCGGUAAAUUGCGAGGGAGAAGGACAACAACAACAAUUACAGAGGGGGCAAACAACAACAACAACAUCGAGGGACUUCCAGUGCAUCUUCCUUCUCCUUCUCAUCCUUCCCGAAUUCUUCCCGAAUUACGGUUAUAAUGGACACCAUCUGUAGAUUGUGCUUCCAAACGGCAACGUUAUUCCAGGUGCCCGGCUAUAGCAUACCCACGUGCGUCCGCUGCUCGGAGCAGUUGACAAAUAAUUCCAACUUCCAUCAGUCGGCAGCAGCGGCGGCCGCAGUCGCAGCCUCGGCCUCUGCCGCAGUUGCCGCCUCGGCUGCAGCGGCGGCCACCUCCUCCUCGACGGCCUCCUCCAGCGACAGUGAUGCCGUCGCGCAGCAGCAUCAGAAUCCGCAGCAGCAGCAGCACUCACAGCAAGCGCAGCAGCAGCAGCAACAAAUGCAAUCCUCCAGUUCUUCCGAGAACCUCCAGUCGCAGGACGAUUGCGAAGACGUGGAUCUGAUAUUCAACGAGGAGGGCUCCUGCCCGCUAUGCAACAAAACUUUCUCGCGCAAAUCCUCGCUCAUGACGCACAUACGAAAUCACUCGGCGGAGCGUAAGUUUGUGUGCACCUACUGCCACAAAGGUUUCACGCAGGCGGCUAACUUGCGGAACCACGAGCGCAUCCACACGAACGAUCGGCCAUAUCAGUGCGUGGAUUGCGGCAAGACCUUCACGCAGAUCACCAACCUGAACAAUCACCGCAGACUUCACACCGGCGAACGGCCCUUCGUCUGCAAUGAACCGGAGUGUGGUCGCAGUUUCGCCCAGGUGACGAAUCUAAACAACCACAUGAAGUCGCACCACAAGGUGCAGCAGUACUGCUGCAACGUGUGCAACAAGAAGUUCACGCAGGUGACCUCACUCAACCAGCACCUGCAGGCGCAUGCCGGGGUCACCGGCUACUACUGCCCCCGCUGUCCGGAGAAGAACUUCAAGCUGCAGUCGCAGCUGCACACGCACAUGAAGACCCAUGGCCUGGCCUUUCCGUACGAGUGUGACAAGUGCGACGAGAAGUUCCUGCAGCAGGCGCAUCUCGACCAGCAUCUCAAGAUGCACGACGAGUUCAAGUUCAAGUGCGACAUCUGCCCGAGCAGCUUCAACCAGGAGUCGCUGCUCAAAAAGCACGUGCAGCGGCACGUCGAGGGACGCUACCUCUCCUGCCCGGUGGCCAACUGCGCCGAGUCGUUUGCGGUGCGCCAGCACCUCUCCAAGCACCUGCUCACCAACCACGCCCACCACGAGCUGCCGCCCCCGAAGCGCUCCAAAAAGACGACCGUCUCGCCGCAGACGGCACAACAACCGCUGGCGAUGAUCGGCCAGCCGUUGUCCCUGCAGCACACGACGGGGCAGCGCGGACGACCGCCGAAGAACAAGAACAAGGCGGCGACGACGCUCUCCGCAACGGCCAUCAAGAUCGAGAUCAACGAACCGCUCCACAGCAGUCAGCAUAUCAGCAGCGUGAGUGGCCUGUCCAUCCAGCAGCAGAUCAACCAGCACAUGCAACAGCAGGCGGCGGCGCAACAGCAGCAGGCGCAACAGCAGCAGCAGCAACAGACGCAACAACAGCAACAGCAGCAGCAGCAGCAACAACAACAACUGCUUCACCUGCCGAUGGGUCAGGCGCUCAAGGCGCGCUUCAUACCCACUAAGUAGGAUAGUUAAGGAUGGAAAGGUCUCUCUAAGCUUAAGCGCCCCGUUCGAUCAGCUGCUAAAGACCCUGAUUAGCCUAGCCAUAGCCAAAGUAGCAUCACAUCCAGCCCCCACACACUAUAGAUACCAUCGCAAGAUAUAUGAUAAAGCGGAUGGUUCUGAAAUCUCUAGAGGUCUUCAAAUAGUUUUGGGUGUUCGUAAAGCAAAUUCGAAAUAUUUGGCCUUAAAAAACCAUUGUUUAUGGGACUUUUUUUUUAUAAAUUCUCGAAAUUUUUAAACAUUUGCCAGGCCUUUCAGGCCAUAGUAUCCUACAAUAGGGAUAUUUUUUUCGCUCUUUGCAUCUAAAGUUAAGACAAAAUAGUUUUGGGUUUUCCUUUAGUGAAAUUGUAAUCAUUUGUGCAGCUCAGCAAUAUUUUAUUAGCUUAAAUACUUUCUAAAAAGUGAAAGACUUACAAAAUUUUAUAAAGGAAAAUUUUAUUAAUUUUCAAGCGUGUAAAGAUUAUGUUAUACACCGAAAAGAAAUGUUCGGUCUCUUUUUUGUAAGAUUUUGAGUAUUAGAAAUGAUUUAAGGAGAAAGUUUAAACCAGAUUAUAUACUACAUUUUGAGACAACAAAUUUAUUUUGAAACCGGCAUAGAGAUUUGCAGAACAUACCGAAUUCAGAGUCGGCGGCAAGCUGCUGGUUCAGUUUGGUGUCUGUCUCUUUUUUCCUGUUUUCAAAUUUUUUGUCAACCAAAGCAAUAGACAAACCAAAUGUCACCUAAAUAAAUUAAAAACAAAAAGAAACGAAAAAACUAAAAAGCUAUGAAUAACAUCUUUAAAUGAAGAGCAACACCAGAUGGACAGACAAAAAAAAAACACAACUGACUUAAAUUUAUGCACAUAUACACCCACAUCUAUAUAUAAAAAUAUAUAUAUAUAUUAUAUAUAAAUGAGAUCAGGUUGAGAAAUCUGAAACUUAAAUCGAUUUAAAAUUUUAAUGUAAUGCAAGGCACAGCGAAACGGAAAUUACAAUUUUGAAAACUAAGAAAGCAAAUACAAAUUACUUACAAUUAAACGUAAUUAUGCUUAGAGAAAAGCAAUCAAUAAACAAGAAGUAACGAAAAAUUU